GGGGACUACCAUCUAGAUUCUUCAUAUAUACAGAUCGGUAGAUGCCGGUUUUUCUUUUCCUAUCUCUUUAGUAACCGUCCAAUAGAUAUAACAUCUAGUUACACGAAAAAUUGCAUAGACCAUACCCCCACCUUAUAAUAUGAUAUAAUUAUACGCUCUUGGUCACUUUUUGUUCUAAAAUACAUACUCGCAUUCCCCGAAGGGAUAUAACUAGCUCAAAUGAGGAAUCUACCAUACCCCGUUACCCUCCUAGCGGCAUUCAUCUCCAAAGCCCGAGCCGUUGACUUUACCAUCGCUGGCGGCCAGAUAUUUACACCUGGGUUCGCUGUUCUCGAUGCGCCUCAGCCAGGUACCCCAUUAGGUGGAGAUACUAUCGAGGUAGCUCUUGAUGUAACCGCCAAUGGCAAACUGCAUCUCCCUCCCUAUAGUGACGAUAGCCCCAGUCGGAUCAACAACAUCACCAUCUUCCUAUACAGCUAUGAUACAGGAAGGAACUUCACAAUAACGAACGGAACGGCCUCAAUAAAUGAUAUAAGCCUAGGCGACAUCAUGGAGUCCGAACCGGGAAGCACUGUCAAACAUGUCAAGUGGCACUGGCCAGUUUGUCUCAUCGGCGAUGGAAAGCCAGAUACCGCAGGCAGUGAUCGUGGGGCCUACAAUAUAUCCAUCCGCCAAAACUUCCGUCUUAACGGGGAGGAUCACUACACAAUCUUCGACGUACCAAUCUCAGUCACCAAUAAGAUUGAAUUCACCGGCGACAAUCCGCCUUGUGACCUAGUGAAUAACCCUUUGCUCGCACCAGAGGAGAUCGACGCCGAGUCUGCUAAUAGUGUCGGCAUUCUAUUCGCACCCGGAGACUCGACCGUUAUUCAACAACCUGAUUCUACUGAUGACAACCUGGAAAAUGGCAUUGGAAGUAGUGCUGAUACACUGAAGUGGAAGUUGCCAUCAGAAUGGGUUUCUUUACUCCCCAUUGUAUAUUUAUGUAUUAUAUAGGCCGACGUAUUAGCCCAGAUUUAUAGUGAUCUUCCAGCGUAUUGAUAUUCUCUACUAUG